CCGUCGAUAUCAACAACUGGGGGGAGCCCCGGCGCCCCAUUCCUCGCUGGCUGUCGGCGGCCGGGAGCGGGCAGUGGGCGACUCACUCAUCGGCCGUCGCAGUCAACUGCAGGACCGACACACGCAACGCCCUAUGCCCCGACAACGGCCAAGUCCAGGAACAAGCCCACUUUCCCACAGAACCGGCAUGCCAAAUUCCACGUGAAACUCGGGCAUUUGCACCAAAUUCCCCCGGAGAGUUGUCCGCACAGCAGCAAAAUCAAAGGAAGUCGCCCCCGAGGCAGGAGCUAGCUAGGUGCUUCGGCAAAGCAAGCGGAGCUUUGCGUGUGUCCGCGCGAGUGACAGGCCGCUUUUACAUGUGCUUCGUGUGUGGCGUCCCGUGCACUGCGACGUCAACAUGACUCGGAUACUACUUGUCGCCGUUGCCGCUUUGAUCUCCGUGGGUCCGAUUAACAGCGCGGAAGUUUACACCGACCAAUUUGUGGUUCACGUCGAAGGAGGCGCUGAGCUGGCUAGGGAGCUCGCGAGCAAGCACGGCUUCGAGUACUUGGGACAGGUGUUUGGGGACCACUAUCACCUACGGCAUAAACGCAUCGCCAAGAGGUCCCUGCAGCGAAGCGAGGAGCACCACAGGAGUCUAGAACAAGAACCCAAUGUUCGGUGGCUUUCGCAACAGACCCUGAAGCGGCGCAGCAAGCGAGAAUUCCGCGAAACCGUCCUCAACGAUCCACGAUGGUCGGAAAUGUGGUACCUGAACCGCGGCAAGUCGUUGGACAUGAACGUGCAGAAUGUGUGGAAGAAAAACAUCACGGGGCGCGGCGUGGUAGUUACCAUCUUGGACGAUGGCCUCGAGAAGGACCACCCGGACUUGGUCGAAAACUACGAUCCCCAGGCCAGCUGGGACAUGAACAACCACGAUCCUGAUCCUCAGCCGAGAUACGACCUGGUCGACUCGAACCGGCACGGCACGCGCUGCGCGGGUGAAGUGGCGGCCGUGAAGAACAAUUCAAUAUGCGCGGUUGGCGUGGCUUUCGGUGCGGGCAUCGGAGGCGUGCGCAUGCUGGACGGAGACGUGACUGACGUAGUGGAGGCGCGGUCGCUGGCGCUCAACAACCAGCACAUCGACGUGUACAGCGCCUCGUGGGGACCCGACGACGACGGCAAGACGGUGGACGGUCCGGGCGAGCUGGCCACGCGGGCCUUUCGCGAGGGCAUCGAGCGCGGCCGCGGCGGCCUCGGGUCCAUCUUCGUGUGGGCCUCGGGAAACGGGGGCCGCGAGCGCGACAACUGCAACUGCGACGGCUACACCAACGCCAUCUGGACGCUGUCCAUCAGCAGUGCCACCGAAAAUGGACUGGUGCCCUGGUACAGCGAGGCCUGCUCCUCCACCCUUGCCACCACUUACAGCUCGGGAUCUACGGGCGAGAGGCAGAUUAUCACUACAGAUUUGCAUCACGGUUGCACCUCCACUCACACGGGAACGUCUGCAUCAGCUCCUUUAGCGGCGGGAAUUUGUGCGCUUGCACUUGAAGCCAAUCGCCGACUGACAUGGAGAGACAUGCAACACAUAGUUGUCAGGACUGCUAAGCCCGCCAACCUGCACACAAGUGAUUGGCAGAAAAACGGAGUUGGACGCAACGUGAGCCACUCGUUUGGAUAUGGCCUGAUGGAUGCGGAUGCCAUGGUGGCUUUAGCCAAAAGGUGGACCACCGUGCCACAGCAGAAGACGUGCUUGGUCAGAGCCCAGCCCAUGGACAAGUUGAUAUCCCCCAAGAGUCACGUAGAGCUAAAACUGAAUGUGAACUGCGAAAACGUCCGCUUUCUGGAGCAUGUUCAAGCGAAGGUCACGUUGUCUGCAACACGGAGGGGUGACAUGCACAUUUACCUCACCUCACCUGCAGGAACAAGGUCGACCCUCUUAGCCCAGAGGCCUCUUGACAAUUCUCGGUCAGGCUUCCAAGCCUGGCCUUUUAUGAGUGUCCACACAUGGGGCGAAAGCCCCAAUGGGCGUUGGAAGCUUGAAGUACACAACGAUGGACGCUACUUUGGAAAAGCUACCUUAAAGGAGUGGUCCUUGAUCUUGUAUGGCACGACCGAGGACCCUGAGGUGUGGUCAGCGGGUGCUGGUGCGCACCCUCCACCUCAGUAUGGCAGUGACCCCAGUGGGCCAGAAAAGGAGAAUGAAAAGGAGGCACCGCCCACACCCGCCGCUCCUCAGACGACUCGAAGAACCACGACCAAGGCACCGACGACCCUUCGGCCGUCACCACCACAGGUUUCCAUUGCGCCGACAUCCAAGGCAUUCCCCGUGUACAAGCCUAUGAAGCCUCCGCCUUCUUUAGGACGGCCACCCAGCGACCAUGAGUCACUCGACAACUUCAUUCAUUCCGACUCGCGCCGACCAGCGGAAAGUCUGCCAACGGGACUGUCGGUGCACGGGACUCGGGAGAACCCGGCCCGUGGCACCGGCGUGUCUAGCAGCAAGCCCGUCGAAGGAAGUGGCGCGGCAGCGCACGGCUGCGGCGCUGGCGGCCCUUGCCUAGAGUGCCCGUAUCCCCAGUAUGCCACGUGGUCCGGCUGCGUCGACAAGUGCCCGGACAGCACCUACCCGUCACAGUCAUCCUCAUCUCCACUGACACUUGCCGGUUCCUCCGAGAGAACUGCUGCGCUCACGUGCGAGCGCUGCCACUAUUCAUGCCGUGUGUGCCGAGGCCCCAGUGAUGACCAAUGUAUGCGCUGCUUUGGUGAUGCUGACUUGGUUGAUGGUGGUUACUGCCAGUCCAAGGUCCUUCUGGCCAGGCUCAAUACUGCGGCUGUCUGGUACAAGGCAAUGACCGUGGCCCUAAUGACCCUCUGUGUUGUCAUCGUGUCCGUGGCAGGCCUUGUGCUGGUGACGCAGACCAACUGCUUGGCUGCUUGCUGUGGUGGCCGAACUAGCAGCCGAGAUGCCCCUGGCGGCCGCACCGCGCGCUACUCUGGUUUGCCAGUGCACACGAGCACCUUUCCCGAGGAUGGCGUCAUACAGGCACCAGUGACACCGUACCACUCCAAAGACAGCAGCACACCGAAGAAGCCCAAUGUCAAGCCUUACAGAGACGACGACAUUUAAGACAUCUUCCUUUGACACAAGAAGCUGGCUGCUAAGUCUUGUGCAGCGUGCUAGGAAGGGUGCAGUUUGAAAAGCUGGGAGUUUUACCUACUACUUGUAUUGUGUAUGAGCAGCCAAAAGCCAUUUGCCAGUUGAGGUACCACCUAGUAGUGGUAUUUUACAAAGGUAGUCUGCUGCUUGAAAGGCCAUUGAAUUAAGACUCCUUGAUGUCAUACUGCCUAGCACUGUGUGCCAGGUCAGUGAGGUAGCUGAUCCUUCCAGAACUUGCUUCGAAGUGGCUGGUGGCAUAAUGCGCCACAAUCGUCCCUUACCAUUGACCGAAGUGCUUUCGUGCAGUGUGGACUUGUAACUGAUUGAGAGCUGUGCCGGGCUGUGGCUACAAGAGACUUGCAAGAACUGCCAUGCUGGCACGUGAUGAAUGAACAAGCAGUGAAAAACUUUACACAGACAUUUGUCUAUUGUGAGAAAGACUCUGCGAUGCCAAGUGUGUAAAUGUGGCCUACAAGCAUGGCGCUGUGAUCUCCUGUGCACGUUGCAUCAUCUGCUGUUUGGUGCAUUAUUGUAGGCAGUGCAGUGUAGCCAUUAAUUCAAGCGUGGGAAAUGGGGAGCAGGUACGGAACAGCUCGUGCUGCGUGUUGCUCUGGGUGAUGCCACAUGAUCACUCAUCUCAUGGAAUGGUUUCCAAGACCUCGCAGCUUUUAUCAGAUGUUUUGCAUUGUAAAACAUCAAUUUCAGCAUGCGAACUAAAUUGGCCUGCUGCCCUUAACUUAUGUCGAAGCAUCUGGUUACAUGUCUAUGCAGUUCGGUCAAAAGUCGAUGAGUACAUUGUAGGAACAAAUGCAUGUGCGCUUGUUUGGCUCUGAUAAGCAGCGAACACGGCGACUGUGUUGUGUUCCACUAGUUAGUUUACAUAGGUUGAACAAUUGUUUGAAGCAUUUACAUUUGUACUUCAAGGACCAACCUUUUUCUCUUUACACGAACAACAUUAAAGUGAGCCAAUGUUUUA